AUUCCAUUUCCAUCCAAUCUACUAGCUUCAUAUCAAGCUACCAAGACACAAAGCAAUUAUGGCAUACACAUACACUACUCCAUGGCUCUUGGUAGUAACUGAGCUUUUAAUACUAGUCUCUAUAACCGAAAGCAAAGUUCCAGCCAUCAUAGUUUUUGGGGACUCAACCGUGGAUGCAGGAAACAACAACGUGGUUUUAACCCUUCUCAAGAGCAAUUUCAGGCCUUAUGGACGUGAUUUUUCUGGUGGUCGCCCCACAGGACGGUUUUCUAAUGGUCGCAUUCCUCCAGACUUCAUUUCUGAGGCUUUUGGGCUCAAACCAACAGUACCCGCUUACUUAGAUCCUGCGUAUGAUAUAGCAGAUUUUGCCACUGGAGUUUGCUUUGCUUCUGCUGGGACAGGCUAUGACAAUGCAACUUCUGAUGUAUUAAAUGUGAUACCAAUGUGGAAGGAAUUGGAGUACUACAAGGAGUACCAAAACAAGUUGAGAGCCCACGUUGGUAAAGACAAGGCAAAUGAGAUUUUGAGUGAGGCCUUAUAUUUGAUGAGCCUAGGAACAAACGACUUCCUAGAGAACUAUUACAUACUCCCUAAACGGCAAUCUCAAUUCACUGUCAAACAGUAUGAGGAUUUUCUCAUUGGACUUGCUGGAAAUUUCAUUAGAGAACUGUAUGGUCUUGGAGUUCGAAAAAUAUCCCUCACUGGACUUCCUCCAAUGGGGUGUUUGCCACUGGAGAGAGCCUUAAAUAUUUUGGAUCAACAUGAAUGCGUGGAGAAAUAUAACAAGGUGGCGCUGGAAUUUAAUUGGAAGUUAAAUGGUUUGGUGAAAAGGCUGAAUAAGGAGCUUCCUGGGCUCAGAUUAAUAUUAGCAGAUGCAUACACGAUUCUCUAUCAAAUCAUCAAGAGACCUUCUUUAUAUGGAUUUGACGCUGUAGAAGUGGCAUGCUGUUCUACAGGCACAUACGAGAUGAGUUACCUCUGCAGUGAGCACAAUCCGUUAACUUGUUUGGAUGCGAAUAAGUAUGUCUUUUGGGAUGCCUUCCACCCUACAGAGAAAACAAAUCACAUAAUCGUUAAUCAUUUAAUUGAUACGCUUCUAGCAAAUUAUCGUUGAUUACUUUCGUCCAAAAUAAACAAAAAACAAAAACAAAAAAAUCUCUGAUUUUUGUGUGGUUGAUUAGCAUAAUAUCUCAAUUAAAAUAUUUUUAUUUUAUUUAUAAUGAUGGAUUUCUUUAUCUAUAUAUUUAUUUGGUUUUAGAUUUAGAUUUGAUAAUAUUAAUUUAUUCAGUUUUUUUUUUUGGUUGUCCUUAUUCUGUAAUAAAACAACAGUGGCUCCAUUGUAAUUCAACGAUCGAGGUCCAAAUGCAAUGGCAUUUGGAAUCUCGACGUGAUUUUUAUUUUUAUUUUUUAUUGAUCUCGACCUGAAUUUGUUUUUUGUGUAUU